AUUCUGAAUAUUUUUUCACCAUCAAACAUUAAUUCUUCUUACAAUUCAUUGAUAUAUCAAAGAAGAAAUAUGGGUUUCAAAGGCAAGUUGAUUGCUUCGAUGGAGAUUAAGUGUGGAGGACACUUGUUUCAUGAUCUUUAUCAGAUUAACGCUCAUCAUGUAUCUAACAUAAGUCCUGAUAAAGUCCACCAUUUUAAUAUUCACGAAGGUGACCAAGAUCUAAAAGUUGGUUCAAUAAUUGGCUGGAAAUAUAAUCAUGAUGGAAAAGUUAAGGUUACUAAGCAAUUGAUUGAAGCCGUUGAUGAAGAGAAGAAAUCAAUUACCUGAGUCUUAUGAUCGAUAUUACUAGAGAUUUAGAGGGUCACCUCCACAAGAUUUAAAUGAUCGAAAAUCUCAUCGAAAAUACCUCGAUGCAUCGGUUCCUAUCGUGAUAUAUAUUUAUUAACUUUGUUUGUGUGAUGAAUUUUAAAAAUAUUGGCUUGUCUUAAAGCAUGUAAAAUAAAUAAUAUUGUGUUGUAUGAAGUUCUAAUUAUUAUAAGUAGGUCAAGAUAUUGUGGACUGUUGCAAGUUUUAAAUUUUAUCUAUAGUACCACAAUGUAUUAAUGUGUUUGUACUCAUUCCAGUUUGUAAUAAUAAAAUAAUUUUGAUAAAUGAAAAAUCGUAAUUAAUU